CGCAUUUUGAAAACCACUGGGCUCUCUUAUCAAAUAUUGCUAGCGGAACAUCCGUAAUCAACGCAGUCCCGCUGAAAAUUCUUAUGAUAUGAUUUGACAUAUAAUAUUUUGAUUUAAAAAUACUCUAUUUCUUUGCUUUAUUUAGUUAUUUGGUACCCUAUAAUUAUUAUUUACUAUUUAUUUAAUUUUAUUAGUAUAUUAAUUCACUAAUCCUAGAAUGUAUACUACGUAACACAAUGUAAGUAGGUGUUUACCUAUUAAAUGUUUUAUAAUGCAACAAAAAAAUAACCAGAAAAACAAAAAACUGCUCAACUCCAUUGUUGAAGUAAAAAUUGAUGGGAAACUGUCUUUAGUAUCGUUAUAUGAUGAUCUGCCACAUUUUGAGUAUGAUCUAACAAUUGAUAAUGUAAGUAUGAUGUAGAUUUAAACUGAUGAAUCCAAAUUAAUAAAAAUUAAAAAAUAUCUACCCAAGACUACAUUUUAUAGGUUAAUAGACUAGGUUAUAAUAAAGCUUUGAAAUGAUUGGUGUUGUUUUAAAUUUAAUAAAAAAAUAAAAUAAAUCAUUAUACUAAUUUAUACAUAAUUCAAUGAACUUCAAUAAAGCAUGAAAUUAAGAUACCUAUUAAUGUUGGCUUGAAUUUAUUUUCAGGUGUUUUAAUUUCUAGUAUAUUGGACUGAUAAGUUUAAAAACUUACUUAUCGAAACUAUCAACCAUCAUUUUUAUUUAUAUUCUUUAAAAAUUUUUAUUCUCCAUCAAAGUUUUUAUAGAAAACAACAUCAACAUAGUCUUCUCUUGAAAUAUAAAAAUUAUUACAACUUCCUUAUACAAUUUUUCCGAACUAUUAUUUAAUUUUACAAUUAUUUAGAAAUGUAUUUGUAUUGCUCAAAGUAAUAUACCAUCAUUAAUAAUAAUUAAACAUAGGAGUUAUUUAUAAUUAAAAUGUAAUAAAUAGAUACUAACUAAAAAUUUUAAUUUUAAAAGUCAAGGUCUUCUUCUCUUUCACUUCCAUUCCAAUCAUUUGGAGUCACCCACUCUCAUCCUAAACUUCCACUUCACCCAAUCCCUCACAUUGUCCCUACAAAUUUGAUUUCAGUGGGACACAUUUCGUGCCACGAGUUUUAAUAUUAAAGUAAAUUGACCUUUAACCAAAAUUAAAAGUAAGAAGAUUAUAAGUGCUCUAGCAUUGAUGAUUUUUCGAUAUUUUUAUUUUUAAAUUUAGACAUGAAUAUGUUAAAUUCAAGUAUCAAAAUAAACAUCAAUGCUCAGGCAUAUUUAAUCUUCUUACCUUUAAGUUGGUUAAUAAGUUAAUUUGCUAUAAUAUUAAAACUAAUGGCACAAAAUGUGUCCUACUGAAUGUAAAUUUACUAUGUUUUGUGUUUGUUAGACGAAGACAUUAGAUGACGAUGUGGCAUCCUCUUAAGGAAAAAAAAAGUGAUGCCAAUUUUACAAAAUAAAAAACUUGUACCUACUGUUAUCAUAUUAUGUCAACAUAAUAGCAAAAAAAAGUUUAUUUAAAAUUGUACGCCCUGCGCACAUGCCUAUGUCUAACACUGCUCUCAAAAUUAUUCAACUACACUUCUGAUAAAUUGUAGUUGGAUAAUGUUUUACAUCAUCGUUAAAGCCACUGUUCUUUUAUAAAAAAAAUCCUAGUUACUUAAACCUAUUAUGUCACUGCUUAAUACUUAUUGCCAUUAGACGUCUAAUCCUGCUGUUUCUCCAAACUCUUACUCCAUAAUAUAUUCUUUGUCCCUUUCCUUCAAGUGCUAUUCUUCAUUUCUUAAUAAGCCUAUUGUAAACUUCUUCCAGAUUUUUCCUUAUCAAAACAAUAUUAUAUUCUACCUAAACUAAAAGUUUACUAUUAAUUUAAUGACAUUAUAUGUAUAUUAAUGUAUAAUAAAAUAUUUUCAGUUAAAAAAUUCAAAUAUAAAACUUAAAACAUGUAUUCAAGAAUUGAAACAACAUAUUACAAAACUAGAAAACGAAAAUUCACAUUUAAAAACCACUAAUGCAGUUGUACUAAAAAAUAUUACAUCAUUAUAUAAAACUGCAUCUAAAGAAAUUCAAAGAAAAGAUAAUAUGAUCAAUGAACUCCGGAAGAGGUAUUAAUUUUUAUAUUUCUGUAUGCAUUAUAGUUAAUAAUUUACAAUAUCAAACUUAUUAAUCUUUUUUUUUUUACAAAAAUUUUAGUCAACUCUAUGCAAAACCAAAAAUAGUAUCAAAAAUGUUUUCUUGUAAUGGUAAUCAAAACAAACCUAGUCCAGCUCUUGAAUUAGGAAUUAAAACUCAUCAAAAACAAAUGGAAGCAAAUAAUAUUUUAAAAAUGAAUAUACAGCCAGAUAAAAAUAUUCCAAAAACAGUUUAUUAUAAAAGGUUGUGUCAUAAGUUUGCUAUGGAAAAUAAAAUUAAUGAAUUCAAAAAUAAAAAUUCAAAAGAAAAUGAAAAAGAUAAAAUUAUUACUGAUAAAAAAUAUCCAACUCUUGAAUUAGAAACUGAAACUCAUGCAAAACGAACAACAGAAGAUAAUAAUUCAUGUAAACCAGAAGAUCAAAUUGAAAAUAAAGAUUUAAUAGUUAAUGAAUUUACUGACAAAAAUAUUAUGAACACAGUUCAUUGUAAACCAUUAUAUCAAAAAUUUGAUGAAGAAAAUGAAACUAUUGAAUUUGAAAAUAAAAAGCCGGAAGAAAUAGAUAAAAUUAUUACUGAUAAAAAAAAUGAAGACCUUAAUUUAAAAUUAAACGUUUAUCAAAAGCAAAUAGAAGUUAUUAAUAAUUCAGGCAAACCAGAAAAUCUAAAUAUUCCAAAAACAGUAUUUUGUCAAAGACCUUGUCAAAAGUUUGAUAAUGAAAAUAAAUCUAUUGAAUUUGAAAACAAAAAUAUAGAAGAAAUAGAUGAAAUUAUUGCUAAUAAAAAAACCUCAGCUGUUAAUUUAGAGAUUGAAACUCAUUCAAAACGAACAACAGAAGAUAUUAAUAAUUCAUCCAAAUCAGAAGAUCAAAUUGAAAAUAAAGAUUUAACAGUUGUAUUUACUGACAAAAAUAUUAUGAACACAGUUUAUUGUAAACCAUUGUAUCAAAAGUUUGAUAAAGAAAAUGAACCUAUUGAAUUUGAAAAUAAAAAGCCGGAAGAAAUAGAUAAAAUUAUUACUGAUAAAAAAAAUGAAGACAUUAAUUUAAGAUUAAACGUUUAUCAAAAGCAAAUAGAAGUUAUUAAUAAUUCAGACAAACCGGAAAAUCAAAAUGAAAUUAAUGAUGAUUUUACAACGAAUAUACAGCCUAACAAAAAUAUUUCAAAAACAGUUUGUUAUCAGAGGUUGUGUCAAAAGUUAGAUAAGGUAAAUGAAACUAUUAAGUUUGAAAAUAAAAAGCCAGAAGAAAUAGAUAAAAUAAUUACUAACAAAAUAACAGAAGAUAAAAAUGAACUUAAUAAUAUAAAUAAAUCAAUACAUCAAUAUAAUCCUAUGUCUGAUAAAUCAAGUGAAACAAGUUUGAAUACUAGUGAAUCAAAUCAAUUGCCUGUUCAUUUUGAAGUUGAGCAUGGAGCAUUAUUUAGAAAUUCUAGAAAAAGAAAAGUAAUUAUGCUUUCAACAUCAGAUGAUAAUAAACCAAUAACAAGAAAAGGAAGACGUGUAAAAUUGAUUACUAUAAAAAACAAUUACUCCCAACCAAUACCUAGUUUUAAUGGUGCUAAAAAAACAGAAAUUGAUUUUAGUAAAAAUUCAAUUCAUAUUGAGAAAGUAGUUGAAAGUAGUAGUCUAUUUUACAUACCUCAAGUGAAAAAACGAAGAACUAUGAAUUUUGGUGAUUGUAAUUCAUAAGGUUUGACUAAAUUUAUAAAUUAUUUUUAAAGGUAUAAGAUUAGUGAAACAAUUUAGUGUUUUUACUAUUACUGUAAAAUUAGUAGUUUAUUAAUUUGAGUAAGGGUAAUUUUUCUUUAAAUAUCAUAACUACAUAAAACAAAUUAAAAAUAAGGAAAUCCCUUCAACAAUUUCUUUUCCAAAAAUUUUUUUUGUUGGCCACAUUGUUCCUAAAUCUUCACCCAACUGUACAAUUUGAUUUACAAUUAAUCAGUACCUACAAAUUAUAUAUUAAUAACCUUUUGAUAUAUAUAUUAUUAUUAUAGUUAAGAUCACUAAUCAAUAACUUAAAUUUGAUCAAUUUAAAUAUUUAUACUCUUUGAUUAUUAUUUUUCGGAAUAUAUGAUUUUUCUUAUUAAGAAUCGAGUCUGUUGAUUAUAAUCUGUAUUUCAAUCAUUUUUGGUAAAAUAUUCUAUAGUCAAAUGAUCUAAUUUUGAUUUUCAGUAAGAUUUUAUUAAUUUAAUAUGUUUUUUAAUCCAAUUUACUUUUUAAAUUUUAUUUGUUAUUACAAUUAUAAUUUGGCAUAUUAUGUUGUACAUCAAUGGCGACUGGAGUUUUAACAGUUAUUUAUUCAAUUGGGAAUCAGUGUUUUAAUUUUGAACAGAAGGGUAUUAAAAAAAUAUAUUCCUUGCUUUUCGCUGGGUUUUUUUUACAUUGAAUAUCAUGAGUAGUUUUAGAAUACUACUCAAGGUUUGGUGUUUUUUAAGAUUCACAAAGUAUUUUAGUUGGAUAAAAUUCUAAAUUUCCUUUUAUUAUAUUAAAACAAUAUGCAUGCAUGUAUUAUUUAUGAUAUUAUUAUCCAAAUAGUUAAAAUAAUUGCAUGCUUUUUUUUAACCCCCUUAAAAUGUUUGAGAAAAGUAUGUAGUUCAGUAGAAUUUAUACUAUAAAAUAAUAAUUUUGUAAGUGUACAUCAUAAACUUUUUAAAUUUGGAGUGGAGCAAGGGAUCCAGUGGCAUAACCAGGUUUUUUUUUUGUGGAGGGAGGGUGUUUUAUUUUGUGUUUGGAUGUUACUUGUAACUUGCACAUGUAACACAUAAAAAUUAUACUUAAUAAUUUUCUAUGCAUAACAACACAUUUUGUAGAAAUCUAAUGCAUAACUGCUUAUAGUAAAAAUUAUAAUUGUUGCCAUAAAUAAAGUCAAAGGAAAGAAGGGGUGUCUAAACAUUAAAACCCCCCCCCCCCCUGCUAUGUCACUGAAGGUAUCCAUUGGUUUGAUUAUAUUAAGGUUUAUUUAUUUAAUAUGUCUAAGCUAUUUUUCCACCAGAAAUUUUACUCCAAAUAACAAUGUUAUUUUAUAUUGAAUCUAGUUGUUGCAUUAAGGUCAUUUCUUGGUUUUUGAGUUUAAAUAAUAGAAUAGAAUAUUGGUAAUAUGAUCUAAAGAAUACAGAUAGUUUUGCAAAAUUAAAGCCCAGAAGAUAUAACAUGUAUAUAAUAUAAAAUACCUAUAUACCUACAUAUUUAUUGAGUUUUUUUAUUGUUUUAAUUUCAGGGGAUAUCAAAUUAUUAAACUGUGUUUAUUUAAAUAACUAUCUAUAUGUAUUGUUGAAUUGUUUUUUGAAUUUUGUUACCUAUUAUAGUUAAAUAAUUUUGUUUUAAUUAUACUCUGCAUAAUAUAUUAUUUAUUUCUGAUAAUAUAAUAACUAACUAGAUACCUAAUUCCUGUGUAUAAUAUAAAAUAAAUACAUUUUUUUUGAAAUUAAUUCAAUUUUUUUUUUUGUUAUGACUAUGUUAUAACUUAUAAUUGAAAAACUGAGUUUUUUAUAUGUAAAUAUAUGAAUUGUGUGCU